AGCGGUGGUGGUGGUGGUGGCGGCGACGGCGGCACAUGGGUAGGACCAAGAGGCUGGCAAGCUGGAAGGAUGAAGCGGGGCGGGCAGGGAGUCCGCAAAAGUAAAACGGCGGCGGCGUUUGCUUGUGUUGGGGAUGCUCCGAGAUUGGGCAGGGACUAGCUGCACAUUACCCCAAGAUACGCAUCAUCAUGGCUUGCCUGCACGAGACCCGCACACCUUCCCCCUCCUUUGGCAGUUUCAACACUAUCUUGACGGAGAAUUCCCUCCGGAAAUUGGAUCCAGAUGCCUCGGACUGCACCCCUGAGAAGGACUUGACGCCCACACAGUGUGUGUUGCGAGACGUCUUGCCCAUAGAUGGGAGUGGAGGUGGAGGCGGUGGACACAGUCCUACCCCCAGUGAGGAGACCCACGAACAGUUUGCCAACAGCGUGCUGCAGCUUCACGAGAAUGAAUCUGGUAGUGGGGGAGGUGGAGCUGGCGCAGGAGCUGGAGUUGGGAAUCCUGAAGUCCGGCCUACCCGCUACCAUGCUGACCAAGUACGGAUCCACUGCCAGACAGGGAGUGGCUUUCUGGAAGGGCUUUUUGGUUGCCUCAAACCUGUUUGGACCAUGAUUGGCAAAGCAUAUUCCACCGAACACAAACAGCAGCAGGAAGACCCGUGGGAGGUACCCUUUGAAGAGAUCAUGGACUUGCAAUGGGUAGGCAGUGGAGCACAAGGUGCCGUCUUCCUGGGACGCUUCCAUGGGGAGGAAGUUGCAGUCAAGAAGGUGCGAGACCUCAAGGAGACGGAUAUCAAACAUUUGAGGAAACUCAAGCAUCCCAACAUCAUCACCUUCAAGGGUGUGUGCACCCAGGCUCCCUGUUACUGCAUCAUCAUGGAAUUCUGUGCCCAGGGCCAACUCUAUGAGGUGCUACGGGCUGGACGCAAAGUCACUCCCUCGCUGUUGGUGGACUGGUCCAUGGGCAUCGCUGGUGGCAUGAACUACCUGCACCUCCAUAAGAUCAUCCACCGAGACCUCAAGUCACCCAACAUGCUGAUCACGUAUGAUGAUGUGGUGAAGAUCUCCGACUUUGGCACCUCCAAAGAGCUCAGUGACAAGAGCACCAAGAUGUCUUUUGCUGGCACUGUGGCCUGGAUGGCCCCUGAAGUGAUUCGGAAUGAGCCUGUUUCUGAGAAGGUUGACAUCUGGUCAUUUGGGGUCGUUCUCUGGGAGUUGCUGACCGGAGAGAUUCCUUACAAGGAUGUGGACUCCUCAGCCAUCAUCUGGGGAGUGGGCAGUAAUAGCCUCCACCUACCUGUGCCUACCAGUUGCCCAGAUGGCUUCAAGAUCCUGCUGAGGCAGUGCUGGAAUAGCAAACCUCGGAAUCGCCCAUCCUUCCGUCAGAUCCUACUGCACCUUGACAUCGCCUCUGCUGAUGUGCUGUCCACACCGCAAGAAACCUACUUCAAAUCCCAGGCACGCCUUGGACAUCCGAGAGCACUACGAACGUAAACUGGAACGGGCCAACAACCUUUAUAUGGAGCUCAAUUCCCUCAUGCUACAGUUGGAGCUGAAGGAGAAAGAGCUGCUUCGGCGAGAGCAAACGUUAGAGAAGAAAUAUCCCGGGCUUUUUAAACACCAUCCAUCCCGCAGUCUCCUGCAUGGCAACACAGUGGAGAAACUGAUCAAGAAGAGGAAUGUGCCACAAAAGCUCUCUCCUCACAGCAAAAGGCCAGACAUUCUAAAGACGGAGGUCAUCCUGGACCCCAGCCUGCCUCAGCUCGCCAUCCCCGUGUGCCAGAAAGGGCCCCCGUCCCCUGGGCGUAGCCGCCGUGCUAAGUCACGCUAUCGCAAGGUCAGCACUCGGGGAAGCUGUGGGGAACUGGCCGAUCCUGGAGGAGCCAAGCGCCUGGAGCCCUGCACGGCCCUCCGCGGGCUCCAGCAUGACCUGCUGCUGCGCAAGAUGUCGUCUUCCAGUCCUGACCUCAUUUCCACGACAUUGGGAGCGGAGGGCCGCAAGGGGGGAACGGGGCCGGAAUCCCCACCAACGGAGCAGCCCCGCAGCGAGACGCCCAGUGAAGACACUGCCUCGGUGCCUUGCUCCAGCAGCCCCGACUCGCCCUCUUCUCGACAAGGGGCAGUGGGGCCACCAGGGAAGGCAAGGCUGCAGCCCGGAGAAGAGGCGGAACGGGAACAGGGCAAAGGCAGCCGCUCAGGGGCCCCACAGCAGUCUCAGCACCUCACACCAGCGGCUAUGUUGUACCGGGCAGCUGUUACCCGCAGCCAGAAACGUGGUAUCUCCUCAGAGGAAGAAGAGGGCGAAGUGGACAGUGAAGUUGAGCUCCCUCUCCGGCAAAGGUGGCCUCAGGCUAGGAGCAAACGGCAAUCUCUUUCCACCUUCAGCUCCGAGAACUUCUCCGAUGGGGACGGUGAGGAGGGCACCGGCAGUGAGGGCACCACAGCUUCCCACAGUGGCGGCACCCCUGAUGUGCCCAGUACCAAUACAGAUGAACGCCUGGAUGCCGAGCGCUCAGAUGACGACAUUCUGGGGAACUCUGAUGGGUUGUCCGAAAAGGAAGCCGCCAUUCAGCUUGUGAAACGGCAACUCAGUGCUGAGCAGAAUGCUGGAGAGGAUCCUGCCGCCUAUGAAGACUCGGAUUGUGAUAGUGCCGAACUGGACAAUUCAGGCAGUGGGGAGGUGCAGAGACUUCCAGACAUACCGAAUUUGUGAUCUCCACUGCUUGGGUUUCCUUUCCCAGGUUGUACAGUUCCCUUCUCCCUUCUUGGCCACCGUGCACCAUCACCACCUUCUCCCCAGAUAUUUAUAUAAAUAAUUAUAAAGCUCUAUAUAAAUCUAUAUUAUCUCAUAAUCUCUGGAAAGAGAGCCAGCACACCUCAUUCCUCUCCUCAGUUCCUGUUCCCACGUUUUCUCUGACCAGUUGGGGAGGGAGGUCCAGGGUCUCACCUUACGAUCAGGGCUCACUGCAUUCAACGCUGGACAGCUGGAGUGGAGGCUGCGACCAAACGGACCCUCCCCAAGGACGGCCACUGGCCCCACAGCUCACCACUUGCUCCACCCAGAGGAAGGCACCAAUUCCUUCCAUUUUGCUUCCUCCAAAGUCCCGAAUGGUUUGGGAAUUCAGCAGAAGAUCAGCUGGGCCUGAUGGGCCACCAAUGCCCAAGGGAUGAAGAGAAGAGAGCCAGAGGUGGCAUGGGCUAAGAAACGGUGCUUUCAUCCACCAAUGGAAAUGGCAACGGUGCGCCAGCAGGGCUGCAGGUCCCACCUCAGCCUCUUGACUGGAUGAUGUACAUCACCACCACAACAUCCUGAGUGCUUAACUAGACUGUCUCUGAGAUGGACUUGAUGCAUGUUGGGGCCACAGUCAGCACGGAACUAUUGUCCCAAUGGACAGCUUGGAAACGAGCCAUUUCCAUCACCUUUCUGCUCUUGUAUCUCUUCUCGGAAGCAACAACAGGAAGACUGAAGGCCUCAACUCCCUCCCAGGCCCCAUGUCUCUUCCCAGUACGUCAUCCUCACCUUCUCCACAUCCAAUUGUUCUGCAGAAACACACACACACACACACACACACA